AUGUCCAAUGAUACCAUCCCAACAGUCGAAGGUGGAAAGAGAAUAGGCUUUACAGGAGGUAGUGGUAAAGCAGGACGUCAUGUAAUCCCAUACCUACUUGCCAAAGGACAUAAAGUUCUAGAUCUCGACCUCAUCCCAUUCCCCGAUCCCUCUGUUGACGUCUAUACACUCAAAACCGAUCUCACAGACUCCGGCCAAGUCUUCAAUGCCCUCACCUCUCAUUUUAAUAUGUCCGGAUACAAUGAAGGACCUGUGCCUGGUCCACCAGAUGUAGUUAUCCAUUUCGCUGCAUAUGCUCGAAACAUGCUCGUACCCGACAGCGAGCUCUUCCAAGCCAAUACUCGCAGUACAUAUAACAUAAUCGAAGCUGCCAGCAAACUCGGUGUUAAGAAGAUCAUAAUAGCUAGUUCCGAAACUGUUUACGGAGUAUAUACAUACGCCCUAUCCAAAAUCUGCGGCGAGAAAACCGCUCGCACAUUUACACGACGCUUUAAAUCGGAUAUCUACGCGCUAAGGAUCGGAAAUGUCAUCGAACCACAUGAAUAUGAAAGAUAUUUCCCAGGUUUCAUGAAAGAUCCGAUGAGUAGGAAACGGAAUGCUUGGAGUUACAUCGAUGCAAGGGAUUUGGGACAAAUUUGUGAUUUGGCGAUUAAGAAGGAUGGACUGGGUUUUCAAAUUUUCAGCGCCACGAAUAGUGGUAUUACGAUACCCGGUGACGAGAAAGCAGAAGACUUAAUUGUAGAUAUAGUUUGA